AUGACUAUAGAGACUGCGCCGCAAAGCGAGCGUAAAUCAUUAAGCAAAAGCAACGAAAGCGGAACUGGCCAGCACAAUGUACUUUGGCAAUGUCGACCCGUUACAUCCGAGUUACAAAUGCGAGAACGUAUAUCUGUGUGCAGCUACGAACCGGAUAGUAGCUACACAGGAUAUCGAUCGAUAUAUCAACUUUCGGAGGAUCGCAUUAGUGUAGCAUCAGCUUCCAAAAGUGAAAGUGCACACGGCCACGAACACCAAUGGCUGCCGACAGAACUCGACCGAGACGAUACAGUGGGCAUCGCUUCCGACUGCAGCACUGGUAGCGGCGGCAGGAGUAGUUGUUCCAACGUCGAUUUACUUUCACGGCGGCCGCGAUGGCAUGCACUAUACCAGCAGCAGCACCUUUGUCCCCGAGCCUCUCAGUGGAGUCGCAUCAUCCAGUUUCAAUUAGGGCUAAUGUUAUCGGUAGUUUUAGUAUUAAGCGGUAUCAAUUCCGCGGUUAACUGUGAUGAAAAUGUAACGAUCAGUGUAAGUGGUGGGAAAGUGAACGUUGGGUUACUAUCAGGCAUUUUGGCAAACGUCAGCAGCAGCAGCGGUGAUAAAGCGAGCAUGUUGGAUUUGAAUGAAAUCGAAGAAAUUCUAGACGGAGUUCUUCACUUCACACAUCACUGGGCUGUGCAUAUACCGGAAGGAGAUCAACAAGGCCUAGCUGACCGAGUCGCGGCCGAGCACGGUUUCACCAAUCGUGGCAAGAUUUUCCACGAACACUACCACUUCGAGCACAGUCGACUGCAUAAACGCUCGCUCAAUCCCUCCAAACCUCACCAGCAGCGGUUGGAAUCGGACCGAAGAGUUCGUUGGGCGAAACAACAGCGGGCGAAAUCGCGUCAGAAGCGCGACUUCCGACCGUUGACGAAAUCGUACCAGCUGCCCAUCCAACUAAAUGAUCCGAAAUGGCCCGAAAUGUGGUAUUUGAACCGUGGCAAUGGGCUAGACAUGAAUGUGAUCCCUGCAUGGAAGGAAGGUGUAACGGGGAAAGGAGUCGUGGUAACGAUUCUGGACGAUGGGCUGGAAUCGGAUCAUCCUGAUCUGGAGCAUAACUAUGAUCCAUACGCCUCGUACGAUGUAAAUAGUUCAGACAACGAUCCGAUGCCCCACUACGAUCUAACCGACUCAAAUCGUCAUGGAACGCGGUGUGCUGGUGAAGUAGCGGCGACGGCGAACAAUUCGAAGUGUGCGGUUGGAAUUGCAUAUGGGGCGAAGGUCGGUGGAGUGCGAAUGCUAGACGGAGACGUAACCGAUAUUGUGGAGGCUCGCUCACUGGGUCACAACUCACAACACAUAGACAUCUACAGCGCAUCCUGGGGCCCGGACGAUGACGGGAAAACAGUGGACGGACCGGGAGAGUUGGCAACGCGCGCCUUCAUAGAGGGUGUUCGUAAUGGACGUGGUGGCAAGGGUUCAAUAUUUAUCUGGGCCUCCGGCAACGGUGGUCGCGAGCAUGACAAUUGUAACUGUGAUGGCUACACCAACUCCAUCUGGACGCUUUCGAUAUCAUCCACUUCAGAGGAGGGUCAGGUGCCUUGGUUCUCGGAAAUGUGUAGCUCAACGCUAGCGACGACGUACAGUAGCGGGAACUCUAAUGAAAAGCAAGUGAUCACAACGGAUCUUCAUCAUACCUGCACUUCUUCCCACACGGGUACUUCGGCAUCGGCUCCUCUAGCAGCCGGUAUUGCGGCGCUAGUUCUAGAAGCCAACCGUAAUCUAACCUGGCGUGACCUCCAGCAUAUCGUCGUCCGAACGGCAAAACCAGCUAACCUAAUCGAUCCGAACUGGUCAGUGAACGGUGUCGGUCGAAGGGUGUCCCAUUCAUUCGGUUACGGCCUAAUGGAUGCAGCGGCCAUGGUCCGUUUGGCACGCACCUGGAAAACCGUUCCGGAGCAGCAGGUCUGCGAAAUCAACGCUCGACAUCUGGACAAACAAAUACCUCCCCGAACCAAAGUAAACAUGCAGCUGACCGUGGAGCACUGCAUGGGCGUGAACUAUCUGGAGCACGUACAGGCAAAAAUCACCCUCACUUCGCAACGUCGAGGUGAUAUCAAAAUUUUCCUGACCUCGCCAUCUGGAACACGGGUCACGUUACUAACGCCAAGAUCCCACGAUUCGUCGCGGUCCGGGUUUAAUCAAUGGCCGUUCAUGUCGGUGCAUACGUGGGGUGAAGCACCCCACGGUACUUGGCAGCUGGAGAUCCACAACGAAGGUCGUUUGUUAGGAUACUCUGUUAUACGAAGCUGGUCGUUGGUGCUUUACGGUACGAACAUUCCCCCGGAUCCGAAUGAUCCAUCGAAUGUCUCGAGACCGUAUUCAACACCAUCGCCCGCACUGCCACCGAUUCUACCCGCUGCUGGCUUCAAAGGUUAUACGGUUAGUGGAGGAUCAAAGAAUUACUACUCUUCGGCAUCAUCGUCGUCCACAUCUUCCUCCGCAUCAUCGACUGGAAUAGUAGGAAUGUCGGCCGUGUCCUCGUCAUCGGUCGCUUUAAAACCAAACCGCAAACAGCAACAGCUUCAAUAUCAGACUCAGUAUCAUCAAUCGGGUUCAUCGGUAUCUGUGCAAUACGGAAUAACUGCUGCCUAUAGUAAUGGCGCUGGCACCAGCAGUAGUAGCAACAACAUGAACAACAACAGCAACAAUGGAAAUAGUAAUCGUGGCAACAAAGGAAAAAACAACAAAAAUAAGUCAAAUAAAAACUCUUCGAAAACCACAACCGUACGGCCUUCGUUAGCGGUAGUUAACCAACAGACCGCGGUAAACAUGUACCUCAACAACUACGGCGGCGGAAAUACGAACACUGGUGGGCGAAAAAACCCCUCCUCAAAACAAAAGCCACCGCCACCAUUGCAAACUAUUAAUUACGGCAAAGGGGACAAAUACCACGCGGUGACCUCGAAUAUACAGGAUAAGCAAAUUGCUAUCAAGGCUCCGAAACAAGUCAAACAAAAUGGCUUUCAAUCCCCCUCAAAGUUACCCACUUCCGUCCAAUCCUCUGCUUCAGCAGGGUCGGUACGCAAGACCACAACCACCACCGCAACAACGGCUGCCGCUGCCAGGGGCACAUCAACAACGCUGUCAUCGUCUUCAUCGAUCGCACAACAAAGCGCCACCAUGGUUGGGGGGAGUGUACUACCAUCAGGUAGCAUAGGCGCAUCAACGGUUUCGUUCAGUGGUACUACCGUAACCGCAAGCCCAAUAUACAAUGACCGCUAUCCGGCCGCAUCCUCCAUCAAUGCGCGAAUACCGGAGGUCUUCCAGCAGUACGACAAAAUACAGCAGUUUUAUCCCGAACUGCAACCCUAUUCAUCUAUCCGGGAAGAACACGAUUCGCACGUGCCACCACUGUCCGAGGGAUCAGCAGGACAAAUGCCACCACUUCCACCGCCGGUGGUGAAGCUUAAUUCCGCGACAAGUUCAAGCUCUAGCGCAAGUAACAACAAUUUCCAAUUCCAAACGUCUGGCAAAGGAGCGAUGAUUUCCGGUUCGAAAUUAUCGGCACCAGCCGGGAAUACGCCCGGUUCAAGCGGUACUUCGCUUCACUCCGGUAGUGCUUCUUCCCUCGGCAAACCGUCACGUGCCAAGAUCUUUUUCCCCGAUUCCGACAUCAUUGAUGCGAUACCGCGCAAAAUUUCGUCCAGUUUACAGCCGAUUCCACCCUCUUACGUGUCGUCACCGUACUACAGUCGCACACAGAGCUCCUUUAUCUCGUCUUCCAAUGACCAGAAGCAUGGAAAGGCUCAAAUCACGCAAUGGGAUCUUAUAUUCUACGGUACGGAAACGCCUGCCCAGCAGAAUGAUCCUGUUCGAUUCGGUAAACCUGGCUAUGAUAGUAAUUUCGGCGGUGAAGUGGAACAUAACGCCCUCGAGUUUGAUAGUGGCGUUACGAGCGACCAAUGGCGAGAUAUGCAGCAAAUCGGUGAGGGACACAGCGAGGUACAGCGGACCUCAUCCAACGACGUGACGGCGGUAUCCUGCGCACGAUUCGAUGCCGCCAGCUGCAUAGAAUGCAAAGCAACCGCGUACCAUUAUAAAGGCCACUGCUAUAUUCAAUGUCCUCCGGGAACGUAUCCCUCGGCACCGCUUGCCUCGGAAGUAAAUGGUGCGUCCCGUCAAGCUGACAACGAUGAAAUAGCAACCAACGGUCAGCGACCACUGCCACCGUCAUCUCUUCGCCGACGCCGAGAGCAACGUGUGGUCGAUGCGUUGAUGAAUAGCCUUUCACCUAACACGUCCAAUCGACCGAACGCCACCAGCGCCAACCUCCCCCAAUGCCUCCAGUGCCAUACGACCUGCCUCAAAUGUACCGGUCCGAAGGCGACCGACUGUACCGAAUGUCAGGCCGCCUUCCGCUUCCAACCGAUUGCAUCCGGUGGCGAAAGUCACAUUUGCGUGUCAAUCAACGACAAGCGGGCCCAGCAGUUGGGUGCCUCGAGUAAUGGUUCAUCUGGUCAACCGAAACCUUCCGAGGCCGGUACAUCGCCAACGCAACCCACCGUAACAGGUUCGGAUCCGGCCCAACACAACUACCUCCCGUCCGUGCUGUUUCUUGGCGGUGUGCUUGGGGUUGCAUUCGCUGCCAUAUACGUGCUUUGGCUGCAUUGCUUCCAGGGUACGCCCGGUAUCGGAGAUCUCACCGGUGCAGCGCUGGUCGGUGACAGUGGGGAUGGUGGAGGUGGUGGUUCUGGAUUGGCCAGCAUACGGUACGAUCGGGUGCACACCAACGAACAACAGGAAGAGGACGAACCGUUCGAAGACGAUGACGACAGUGGGAGCAGUGGCGACGAUGAGGGAGAUUUGCUGUCCGUUUCGGCCGUACAAACCAUUGCUUCACUUGAUCGGUAA